AAACUGACAUUCAAAAAGAUAAACUUUUACAAAGAUAUUCUUCUAUUUCAGUAUGCAAUAUAACAGAACCGAGAAAUAAUAUAGCAUUUAAAGAUACUAUUAAUUUUUAUUAUUUUUCUUCAAUUCAAUCUAAUUCACCUAUCUCUCAAUCUACAACAAAUUCAUCUAAUACUAAUGCUAAAGCUAUCUAUAUGAAAUUACUUGGACUAUCUAGAAAAGCUAUCAAUCUUGCUAUCAGAGUUAAUAUUCGACAAGAAUUGUCAAAUACUUUAAAAGAUUUUAUUUAUAAAACACAGAACCAAAUAAAUUACUAA